AUGUCAUUUAUUGAGUGUGAAAUUUGCAACGAAGAUUUCUCAAGUGCCACCGAUGAAAAUAUUCCUAGGAUUUUGAGAUGUGGCCACACAAUUUGCCAUGGUUGUGCAGAAAAAUUGCUCCAAAACUCUAUGAUUUUAUGUCCAUUCUGCCGGGAAGCAACUAAUGUCAGUACAGUGAAGGAUUUGCAGAAGAAUUUUGCAUUGUUACAGGCAGUUGAACACGCUAAGACUAGAACUGAAGAGAAAGAUCCCAUUGAUUCACCGCCAAAAUGCGCUUCUCACCAGUACAAUUUUGCGGAAUUUGUGUGCAUUGAGCCCACCUGCUCAUCUAGCGAUAAGCUCAUGUGCCGUACCUGCGAAGAGUUUGGAGCUCACGCCGGACACAAUCGAGGCCUACUACAAUCAGAAGCGGCAAAGUUGAGACAGUUUCUGAGCGGGAAGCUUUCAAGAUCCGAAGACCUGGCAAGUAAAAUUGAUGCGAAUAUCGAAAAGAUCGGAACAGCUCAGCUAACAAAUCUCGACGAUGGGGAGGUAUUUCAAGAGAAAAAGGUUUCGAUAAUAGCCUUCUACGCUUCAAUACGAGAAACCUUGGAUGCUCUCGAAAACGAUGCUCUUGCGACGCUUCAGAACAUCGCGGAAACUAACUUUUUCACGAACGACCUGCUCAUCGCAGAGCUAUCGGAAUCCUUGAACCGGCAAAAGCGAAAAAGUGCGGAGCUGAAGCUGUUUAUGAAAAUGAGCAAUGCAGAUUUGCUCGCGGUGAAUUCUGCGCUGGAAGUGAGCAGCGAGAAUGAGCUCUGGACUGAAUUUGCUGAUGUUGAGCCUGAAGUUUUUGACGCAGCACUGAUUUUUCCAGAGAUGGAUAGGCUUGUCAUACAAGUCACGAAAGUUUCUAGAAUUGACAACAAUUUGUCUCGCGAGUUUGAAGAAUUUUGCAGGGCUAGGAGACAACCUGCUAGCUGCUCUGAUUGAUGCCAACGACGGUUUUAUAGGAUAUUUAAUUGAAAAUGUUUGUACAUAAAUAAAAAUGUGAUUGAUGA